CUCUGUCUCUUCAUCCACAGACUCUUCACUUACAGUGACGUCCAUACCACUAACAAGCACCCCUGCCUCAUCAUCAUCCACUAGUUCUUUGCCUUUAAUGGUGACAUCUGAAAAAACUAAAACCAGCUCUAACUUUGUAUUGGAGCCAACAACAAGUUCUGUUGCUGAAAGUGAGUUAACUUCUUACUCUUCAUACACUGAAUCUUCAGUGACAUCAACACUACUAACAAGCACCACUGACUCAUUAUCAUAUACUAGUUCUUUGCCCUCAAUCGAAACUUCUGAAACAGUCGAAACCAGCUCUAGAAUAGUAUUUGGGCCGACAGCAAGUUCCACCAUGGAAAGUGAGUCAACCUCUGUCUCUUCAUCCACAGACUCUUCACUUACGGCGACGUCCAUACCAUUAACAAGCACCCCUACCUCAUCAUCAUCCACUAGUUCUUUGCCUUCAAUAGUGAUAUCUGAAAAAACAGAAACCAGCUCUAACUCUGUAUCAGAGAUGACAACAAGUUCUGUUGCUGAAAGUGAGAUAUCCUCUGUAUCUUCAUACACAGAAUCUUUAGUGACAUCCACACCACUAACAAGCACCCCUGACUCAUCAAGGUCUACUAGUUCUUUGCCCUCAAUGGUUACUUCUGAAACAUUAGAAACCAGUUCUCAAACAGUAUCUGGGCUGACAGCAAGUUUGGCCAUGGAAAGUGAGUCAACAUCUGUGUCUUCAUCCAAAGACUCUUCACCUACAGAAACAUCCAUACCACUAACAAGCACCUCGGCUAUAUCAUCAUCCACUAGUUCUUUGCCUUUAAUGGUGACAUCUGAAAAAACAGAAACCAGCUCUAACUUUGUAUCGGAGCCAACAACAAGUUAUGUUGCUGAAAGUGAGUUAACUUCUGUCACUUCAUACACCGAAUCUUCAGCGACAUCAACACUACUAACAAGCACCGCUGACUCAUUAUCGUAUACUAGUUCUUUGCCCUCAAUCGAAACUUCUGAAACAGUAGAAACCAGCUCUAGAACAGUAUCUGGGCCGACAGCAAGUUCCACCAUGGAAAGUGAGUCAACCUCUGUCUCUUCAUCCACAGAUUCUUCACUUACGGCGACGUCCAUACCAUUAACAAGCACCCCUGCCUCAUCAUCAUCCACUAGUUCUUUGCCUUCAAUAGUGACAUCUGAAAAAACAGAAACCAGCUCUAACUCUGUAUCAGAGAUGACAACAAGUUCUGUUGCUGAAAGUGAGAUAUCCUCUGUAUCUUCAUACACAGAAUCUUUAGUGACAUCCACACCACUAACAAGCACCCCUGACUCAUCAAGGUCUACUAGUUCUUUGCCCUCAAUGGUUACUUCUGAAACAGGAGAAACCAGUUCUCAAACAGUAUCUGGGCUGACAGCAAGUUUGGCCUUCAAAAGUGAGUCAACAUCUGUGUCUUCAUCCAAAGACUCUUCACCUACAGAAACAUCCAUACCACUAACAAGCACCUCUGCUAUAUCAUCAUCCACUAGUUCUUUGCCUUUAAUGGUGACAUCUGAAAAAACUGAAACCAGCUCUAACUAUGUAUCAGAGCCAACAACAAGUUCUGUUGCUGAAAGUGAGUUAACUUCUGUCACUUCAUACACCGAAUCUUCAGCGACAUCAACACUACUAACAAGCACCACUGACUCAUUAUCGUAUACUAGUUCUUUGCCCUCAGUGGUAACUUCUAAAACAGGAGAAUUGAGCUCUAGAACAGUAUCAGGGCCAACAACAAGUUCCGCCAGGGCAAGUGAGACAACCUCUGUCUCUUCAUCCAUAGACACUUCACCUAUAGAAACAUCAAUACCACAAUCAAGCACCCCUACCUCAUUAUUGUCCACUAGUUCUUUGCAUUUAAUGAUGACAUCUGAAAAAAGAGAAAACAGCUCUAACUCUGUAUCAGAGCUGACAACAAGUUCUGUUGCUGAAAGUGAGUUAACUUCUGUCUCUUCAUACACUGAAUCUUCAGCGACAUCAACACUACUAACAAGCACCACUGACUCAUUAUCGUAUACUAGUUCUUUGCCCUCAAUCGAAACUUCUGAAACAGUAGAAACCAGCUCUAGAACAGUAUCUGGGCUGACAGCAAGUUCCACCAUUGACAGUGAGUCAACCUCUGUCUCUUCUUCCACAGACUCUUCACUUACAGCGACGUCCAUACGACUAACAAGCACCCCUGCCUCAUCAUCAUCCACUAGUUAUUUGCCUUCAAUAUUGACAUCUGAAAAAACAGAAACUAGCUCUAACUCCGUAUCGGAGAUGACAACAAGUUAUGGUGCUGAAAGCGAGUUAAGUUCUGUCUCUUCUAGAACAGUAUCUGUGCCAAUAGCAAGUUCCGCUACGGAAAGUGUGUCGACCUCUGUCUCUUCAUCCACAGACUCUUCACCUACAGCAACAUCCAUACCACAAGCAAGCACCACUACCUCAUCAUUGUUCACUAGUUCUUUGCCUUCAAUGGUGACAUCUGAAAAAGAAGAAGCCAGCUCUAACUCUGUAUCUGUGCCGACAACAAGUUCUGUUGCUGAAAUCGAUUUAAACUCUGUCUCUUCAUACACAGAAUCUUCAGCGAAAACCACACCACUAACAAAGACCCUUGACUCAUCAUCAUCUACUAGUUAUUUGGCCUCAAUAGUAACUUCUGAAACCGGCGUUUCCAGCUCUAGAACAGUAUUGGGGACAACAGCAAGUUCCUCAAAAAAAAGCGAGUCAACCUCUGUCUCUUCUUCCACAGACUCUUCACCUACAGUAACAUCCAUACCAGUAACAGGAACCCCUGCCUCAUCAUCCACUAGUUCUUUGCCUUCACCGGUGACACCUGCAAAAACAGGAGCCAGCUCUAAUUCCGUAUCGGAGCCAACAACAAGUUCUGUUGCUCAAAGCGAGUUUACCUCCUUCCCGUCAUACACAGAAUCAUCAGCGACAUCAACAACACUAACAAGCACCCCUGGCUCAUCAUCGUCUACUAGUUCUUUGCCCUUAGUGGUAACUUCUGAAACAGAAGAAACCAUCUCUAGAAUGGUAUCAGGGCUAACAGCAAGUUCUGCCAGGGAAAGAGAGUCAACAUAUGUCUCCUUAUCCACAGAUUCUUCACCUACAGCAACAUCCAUACCACAAUCAAGCACCCCUACCUCAGCAUUGUCCAGUACUUCCUUGUUUUCAAUUGUGACAUCUGAAAAAAGAGAAACUAGCUCUAACUCUGUAUCAAAGGCGACAACAAGUUCUGUUGCUGAAAUCGAGUUAAAGUCUGUCUCUUCAUACACAAAAUCUUCAGCGACAUCAACACCACUAACAAGCACCCCUGACUUAUCAUCGUCUACUAUUUCUUUGCCAUCAGUGUUAACAUCUGAAACAGGAGUUUCCAGCUCUAGAACAGUAUUGGGGACAACAGCAAGUUCCACAAAAGAAAGUAAUUCAACCUCUGUCUAUUCAUCCACAGACUAUUCACCUACAGCAACAUCCAUACCACAAGCAAGCACCCCUACCUCAUCAUUGUUCAGUAAUUCUUUGCCUUCAAUGGCGACAUCUGAAAAAGGAGAAACCAGCUUUAACACUGUAUCGGAGCUGACAACAAAUUCUGUUGCUGAACACGACUUAACCUCUGUCUCUUCAUACACAGAAUCUUCAGCUACACCACUUACAAGCACUCCUGGCUCAUCUUCAUCUACUAGGCAUUUGGCCUCAAUUCUAACUUCUGAAACAUCCACUGACUAUUCACCUACAGCAACAUCCAUGCCAUUAGCAAGCACCUAUACCUCAUCAUCAUCAACUAGUUCUUUGCCUUCAAUGGUGACAUCUGAAAAAGGACAUACUAGCUCUAACUCAUUAUCGGAGCCAACAAAAAGUUCUGCCACUGGAAGCAAGUUAACCUCUCUCUCUUCAUACACAGAAUCUUCAAUGACAUCCACACCAGUAAUAAGAACCCCUGACUCACCAUCGUCUAUUAGUUCUAUUCCAUCAAUGGUGACAUCUGAAAAAAGAGAUACUAGCUCUAACUCGGUAUCAGAGACAACAACAAGUUCUGCCGCUAAAAGCAAGUUAACCUCUGUCUCUUCAUACACAGAAUCCUCAGCGACAUCCACACUAUUAACAAGCACCCCUGCUUCAUCAUCGUCUACAACAUCCCAUACUUCACCAAAUGAUCUGCGUGCAAGCAAGUCAUUCACAUCACAUGGGACUUCUGCUACCCCUUUGAUUUCAGAGGCACAAUCAAAAGAACCUAAAAGUUCCACCUCUUUGUCAAGUUCCUAUUCUUCUUUUCUCAGCCUGGAAAGAACCAGUAGCAUGUUAUCGACCCCAACACAAAGCAAAACACCAGGAACAUAUUCUUCUUCAGCAUCUGAAUCUGCAUCUUCUUCUGCUGUGACAGCAUCUGUCACCUCAUUUCCUGAAUCCACCAAUGUUGCUUAUGGGACUGUACCCAUCAGCUCAUUGUCAUCAUCAUCUUCCUUUUCCGAUACUGUUGGUAAAAACAGCUCUAGUACAUUUUCAGGGCCGACAGCAAGUUCCACCAUGGAAAGUACAUCAUCUACAACAUCAAGUGUAUUAACUCCAAAUAAUACAACUACUUUACCCACUACUGUGACUAGUGUGCUUACAACUACUAAACCAAAUAAUAUCACUUCGACAAAUGUGACAGAUAAAGGAGUAACAUCAUCUAACACUCUAAAAAUAACAACAAUGUCAACAUCAAUGGCAUCAUCUAUAAACGUUAAUGUGUCUACUGCUUCGACUUCUACACUGGCUAAAACUUCUUCAUUCUCUCAAGAAAUAAAUGCUUUUACAGAUAUGUCUACUAAAACAAAUAAUACCACUACUUUAAAGGAGACUAAUUUUACAACAAAAGAUAAAAAUAAAUGUCUAAGCAGCCCCUGUGUGAAUGGUGCCACAUGCACUAGUAUGGGAAACUCUUUCUUUUGUCUGUGCCUUCCUGGAUAUACUGGAAAAUUGUGUCAAAUUGAUAUUGAUGACUGUGCUAAUAAUCCUUGUUGGAAUCGAGGAAUCUGCAUAGACAGAGUUAACAGUUUUUCCUGUCGAUGUCAGAAGGGGUGGCAGGGCAACAACUGUAGCCAAGAUGUGAAUGAAUGUUCUCUGGGUUCCAGUAAUUGUGAUCCUAAUGCUGUAUGCAUCAAUACUUUGGGUUCAUACACUUGUAGCUGUACAGAAGGAUAUAAGGGAAAUGGCUUUAACUGCAAAGAAAUACGUCUGUUCCCUUAUGGCCCUGCCACCAAAGAUAAAAAAGCAACUAAAAAUUCUAAAGACUUCUCUUCUCCAUUAAUCAGUAUUUCGAUAGGAUUCCCAUUUGAGUCUGCAUUCUACAAUAAGCUUUAUUUCACAGACAACGGAGUCAUCAUAUUUCAACGAAAUCUUUAUGAUAGUUCUUAUGUAUUGAGUUAUCCAUAUACAAGUUUCCAAAGCAGCGACACUUUCACACCGCCAAUGAUAGCAGCUUUCUGGGCUGAUGCAGACUUCUCAGGAGGCAUUGGGGAACUGUAUUACAAGGUGUAUGAUUUCCAAUCUUCAAUCUCAGAUGAAAGCUUUAAAAAUUCAUUAGAGAAAGCAAUUAAUGCCUAUUUCAGCUCUUCUCUGGAUAAGCAAUUUAAUGCUCUUUGGGCCUUGAAAAUAACAUGGGAAAAUGUUCUCCCCUGCACUUCUUUAUACAAUACAAAUAGAUACUGGAACACACAAAGCAACUAUACUAACACUUACCAAGCGGUUUUGGCUACUGAUGGUGUUUAUUCUUUCAUUUUGAUCCUAUUUGAGGAUGGUGGCAUGAACUGGAGAUACAAUGCCCUCUCAACUAUGCAUCGACCAAAAAUGGGCUAUUUCAGUGGUAUUCCCAGCCCAAAAAACACCAACAACUUUCCAGCAUUUAAUGACCCGCAGACAGAGCCAUCUGUAAGCAUAGAGCACAGAUACACUCCAGAUCAAUUCAGUGGCUACAACACAGGAAAGAAAGGUCAGUGGGCCUACCGUCUGGACACUAACUCUCAGAGCAAUAUUAGUCCAAGAAUUCAGUGCCUUAACUGGUACUUUAAAGAGCCAACUCUACCCUCAAUAAACGAAGCACCCUCCUGCCCAUGCACAUAUAGACAAGCAACAUUUGACCCUGUGUUUAUUAAUGGGCUUAAUCUCUUCAAGUAUGGUUUUAAGAUGAAAAGUUUGGCAGAACAAUAUUUGUCAGUGCAAAGUGUGUUUCCAACAGCAAGUGGUGCUGGUACACGGUGUUACUAUCGUCAGACUGGGUCUUUGGUCUAUGGUGAAAAAGAGAGAUUCUUUCCUACUCCAUGGACUGAUUUUGACUUCCUGAAAUACCUUUCAAACCAGGAUGCCUACAGUAAAUACUUCUGGAACACAGUCCUUCCUCCCAAAAAACUUCAGUACAUAGAUGGGGAAAUUGAUCCUUAUAAUAUGUGCUGCAGUUAUUCUGGUUCUGAUUAUCUCUGUAAACUCUACCGGGAAAAGAGACCCCUUGAUUAUUGUGAAAACUAUUCUUCACCUCCAAUAGGAUUUCUUUAUGGAGACCCCCACAUUAACACACUGGAUGGGGCACAAUACACUUUUAACGGCUUGGGUGAAUUUAUUUUGGUAAAUAUCAAGGACGAGAGUGGUAAUGCAUUCACACUCCAAGGACGGACUGCCCGAACUGAGAAUGGGACCGGCAAUGCAACUAAUUUUGUGGCGCUUGCCGCAUAUACUUCUACUGGUGCUCAGCUUCAGUGGACGUUGGUCGGUGAUAGUGAAAUAUCGCUACUGUACAAUGGGACCAGUAUUCCACUCACAGAAAACAUCACCUCUAUUGACAAACUAAUUUUGGAAAAGAAAGAAAAACAAAUAACUGCACAUUUUUAUGGUGGAAAUUCUGUCACAGUUUAUGCUGAGUUUGGAGUAUUAGCUUUUGUUGUGACUCUGCAACCCAGAUAUCUCAACAGGACUGAAGGUCUCCUAGGGUUGUACAAUGGGGAUCCAAGUGAUGACCUUGUAUCUGCAGAUGGCCAGACUUUACCAUACAAUACAAGCACAAAGAUAAAGGACUCAAAGAUAUUCACCUUUGGCAUGACUUGGAAAAAUACACCUGGAAAUACUAUCUUUACCUAUAACACAAGUGUGGGGGAAUCUUGGUACACAUACAAUAACAGUUUUGUGCCAGUGUUUUUUGAUGAACUGCUCUCGACCACUGAUACAGAAACUAUUAAUAAGGCAAACAUAACCUGUAAAGGGAACACAGAUUGCUUGUUUGAUGCAUUAAUUACUGGAAACUUGGACUUGGGAUCAUCUACAAGGACAAAUAAUAUCAUGUUUACAGAGCAAAGAAUUGCAAUGGAAAAUAUGCCCCCCAAUAUCAGUGGAUCAUCCAUAAUAAUGGCGUCAUUAAAUGGAGAGACCUGGGUCUACUACAAUGCUUCUACACCUUUGACCUUGGAAUCAACAUCUCCCGACCUAAAAAUAACAGAAAAUGGAACCCUGAUUUGGCACCCUAUGUCUUCAAGUCCCAUAUUUGCUAUGCUCAGAGCCAACAAUUCAGAUGCUAUAGCAGAACUAGAAUUAACGAUGAUCCUAUGUAACUGUAGCAAUAAUGGAACUUGUAACUAUGAUAACCCCAUCUUGAAAAGUCAGAGGAACAACUCCAAGUUUAUGAUAGCAACCUGUGGCUGCUCAGAUGCGUGGACAGGGGAAUUCUGCACUGAAAAUUUUAACGCUUGUAUAGAGAACAGCUGCUAUAAUACAUCAUCUUGUGUUGAUAAUCCUGCUCCUCUGCAAGGCUAUAAUUGUUCACCUUGUCCCAAAGGCUUGAUUGGAGAUGGCAUAAAAUGUUUUGAUUUUGAUGAGUGUUUUGAAAACACAUCAGACUGCGAGCAGAUAUGCAUAAACACAUUCAUAGGAUACAAUUGCUCUUGUAAUGAAGGUUUCAAAAUUAACUCACAGAAUGCAUCUCAGUGUGAAGACAUUGACGAAUGCAUCAGUCAUAUAAAUCCAUGUGGUGAAAAUGCGCUCUGCACAAACAAACCAGGAGUCUAUUCCUGUUCAUGUAAAGCUGGCUAUAGUGGAGAUCCAUAUCUUUUAUGUACAGAUAUCAAUGAAUGUAUGAAUUCUUCAUUGAACAUCUGCUCAAACACAUCUGCUUGCUUUAACACAAAUGGAUCUUAUCACUGUGAAUGCCUGUUCGGAUUUACUGGACCCAACUGUACAGAUAUUAUCCCUUCAACCAUUGUGCCCAUGGCAACUACUGGAACAACUGCCACAACAGCACAGACCCUACCAGUUGUAGAGCCGUCGUCCAAUUCAUAUACAACAUCAAGUUCGUCACCUUCAAUAAUAAUUACAACAUUAGAUAUGAAGACAAAUACAAAAGCAUCUACUUCAGAGAAGACUUCCACAAUGCACACAAGUACUCUGGCUGCAUACAGUAAUACAAACAACAUAUCCGCAAUGACAAACACAGUAAAGGGAAACUUCACCUCUAGUACAAGUACUGUGGUAACAACCACCGUUAAAACAUCUUCUCAGACUGAACAUCCAAAGACAGAUGCUCGGAGUACUCCCAAAAACAGUCAAAGUUCAAAGGUGACUUCAGCAAAUUCCUCGACAGUUGCUAUUAUAGGGGAUCUGCAAACAACUCUGUUAUCUUCUACCUGCAUGAUGAUGUCCUGUCCCUCAGGAUUCUGCAGCAAUGGUGGGACCUGCAGCAUUGAUGUAAACACUUGCACCCCAUCCUGCAUGUGCCCUCCGAUGUUUACAGAUGCAAGAUGUGUUUUGGCUGGAAACAAUUUUGCACCAGAACCUUCCAGAGACAUAUUUAAGAGAACAGUUGAAAUUAACCUUUGGAUUAAGGGAGAAGAUGGUUCCGGGCUUGCUGUACCCUCAGAGAAAUAUACUCGCCUUCAACAGGAUGUAAAUUACACGGCAUUCCUAUAUUUAAAAGAAUUGAUGGCUUUUGAUAAUAUCAGCAGAGUUUCAAUUAGCAACAAAGAUGGAAAAGCUCAGUCACUUAUCACAUCCGAGUUCAAAUACAUCAACAACAGAACAAUUAUCACUUUCCUAAAUGAAAAUCUGGUUGGGAGUAUUGUCAAUGAAUUCAAUAAGCACCUUGCUGCCAGGAGAAAAAGACAAAUUAGUAUUACCUAUUUUGAGCAACUCUACAGUGAAAACAUUACAAGUAUCACAAAAUUGUCUGUUGAGGAGUUGGAGAAAUACUUUCUUUGCAACAUUACUGGAUUUGCAGGAUAUAUCUUGGAGUAUUCAACUACUGGAUUUAUCUGUGUAUCCCCCUGUAAACAAAAUUACUGUCAGAAUGGUGGAGUGUGUGAACACCAAGGGAAUGGGCCAAUGUGCAGAUGUGGCACUUUCUCCAUUUACUCUACAUACGGCACCCAUUGUGAAAAUCUAGCCAUGAACCUCAGUGCCUUCUUUGGUAUCCUGUUUGGAUCACUAGCGUUUUUAUGUGUUGUCAUGGCUGUUAUAAUCCUAAUUGUUUAUUGCUACCGUAAGAAGAAACGUUCUGAAUGCAGCAAUGAUGUGAGCUUUUACUGGGGAUCAAAGCAAGUUAGCUCAUUCACUGAUCUUAAAGAAACAAGACUAUCUGGUCAACCAGAGCUGAAAUGCUGGUCUCCUUGCUUGGAUAAAGUCCCUAUCACAACCCAGAUAAAAAUUCAGAGGCCAACAUUGCAAAAGGAUCCUCAGCUUGCCAGAGAAUAAUAAACGUGAACCAAUAAUAUUUAUUUUUUAUAAUACAUGUAAAAUUAUUUUGAUAUUUUGCUUCUAUAAAGAAUAUUAGGUCAUAUUUAAUACUUAAUUUAAGAAAUGAUGCAUUUCAUAAUCGAAUGUGUCAUUGCAAGACAAGCGAAACCAAGGUACUUAAAAAAAUAAAAAAUGCUCAGGCAGCAAAACAUACUUGUGUUUAAAAAGGCACUAUAUUCUUGAAAAGUCUUAUUAUAUAUCUUAUAGGAAUAUAUUUUAUUGCAAUGUUAUAAUGACAAAACCUUUGCACAAAAAGAUGAAUGAACCUCUUGGUUUUGUAUCCAUAAGCAAUGUCUUCAUGCAGAACAGGAUAUCAUUAAAAGGGAGUCAACAAUAUCUAAACAUAUCUGAAAAAAAGAAAGAAAAGUGGCACACAUGUUUGGCUGCCUCCAAAAACUUGCAAUGUACACUCUCUGUCUAGAAGAAACAUGGAUCUCUUAUUGUUUACAGUAAAAUGAAUAUACCUCAAUAUAAUGUAUUUGUGAAGGAAAACAGACAAGGUUAUUAAAUGCAAGCUAAGAGAUGUAUCUGACAAUAGUUUUCUUUUAAGAAUGUCAGUACAAGAAUUGCACUUUUUCAUCUGACCUUUUACUUUCUAAAAAU